CAAGAGUGGACGUGUCGGUUUUAGUGUAAAUACAGGACUACAACACAGAACACACGGAGUUUGUGUGAGUGGGGUUUGCAAGCAAAUGAAUUAAUUCUAAAAAAAACUAUAUAUAAAUAUAUCACUGACAGUUGCAAUGCAGGGGUAUCAGAAUUUACCCAUUGACAUCCAGACCAGCAAACUGCUAGACUGGCUGGUAGACAGGCGACACUGCAAUCUGAAAUGGCAGAGUUCGGUCCUGCAGAUCCGCGGGAAGAUCAACACAGCUAUCCAGGACAUGCCUGAGAACGAGGAGAUCAAGACGCUGCUCGCCGGGUCUUAUAUCCAUUAUUUCCACUGUUUGAGAAUAGUGGAAAUCCUUAAAGGAACUGAAGCCACCUCGAAGAAUAUAUUUGGAAGAUAUUCUUCCCAGCGGAUGAAGGAUUGGCAAGAAAUCGUGUCCCUUUACGAAAAAGAUAAUGCGUAUUUAGCGGAGGUGGCCAGCCUUCUGGUGCGCAACGUGAGCUACGAGAUCCCCUCCCUGAAGAAGCAGCUUAGUAAGAGCCAGCAGCUGCAGCAGGAGUUCAGCCGCAAGGAGGUGGAGUGCCAGAACGGAGCCGCGAUCAUGAGAGAGAAGUUCCACAGCUCCUGCAAACAGUAUGGCAUCACGGGUGACAAUGUGAAGAGGGAGCUGCUAGCCCUGGUCAAGGACCUGCCCUCCACGCUGGGGGAGGUGGGGAAGGAGACCUACAGCCUGUCCGAGGCCAUUGAGCUCUACGCAGCCUUCGGAGAGUUCGUGUGCGACUGGUCGUCCGAGCCCGCGCUGCCCCUGCUGAGACACACCCAGUGCCGGGGGAACACCACGGUGUACGAGUGGAGGACAGGGAGCCCCCCCUCCCUCGUCGAGAGACCCUCCGUGGAGGAGGAGGGGGUCCCUGCCACUGAGGAUUCGAUUGACUGGGGGACUCUGGGUAGUGAUGGGGACUGCGCCUCCGAUGGGAUUGAUUACGGGAUCGCUGUAGCGGAUGGAGGAGUGGACUGGGGGAUCAGCUUGGAGCCGGGCGCCCUGGAGGCAGAUGCAGGGGAUAUAGACUGGGGAGAGGAGGCUGCCAGUCCAGUGGAGAUCGAAGUGGUGGAGAUGGGCACCAACUGUCCGGAGGGGGUGGCGAGGGGAGAGGAUGCCCUCACUCUGCUGGAGAACCCAGCGACCAGGAACCAGUUCAUAGAUGAGCUCAUGGAGCUGGAGGUGUUCCUGACUCAGCGGCUCUGUGAGAUGGGUGAGGAGGGGGACGUGCUCUCCAUGAGUCAGUUCCAGCUGGCCCCGACGGUGAUCCAGAGCCAGACCCGGGACAAGGUGCUGGGGGUGCUGAGCCUGGUGAAGGGGCUGAUCGAGCGACUCACCAGCGUCCGGAUGCAGCACCUGUUCAUGAUCCAGGCCUCGCCACGCUAUGUGGACCGCGUGACUGAGCUGCUGCGUCAGAAGCUGAAACAGGCCGACAUCCUGGUGCUGAAGCAGCAGGCGAUGGUUGAGAGGAGGCAGGAGGCACUGAGGGAGCAGGGGCAGCUGGAGCCCAGAAUAGACCUCCUGGUUCAGAGGACCAAGGAGCUGCAGAAACAGAUCGAAUCAGACAUCUCCCAGCGAUACAAUAACAGACCAGUUAAUCUGAUGGGAGUCACAAUAUAACUCUCAGCACCGCAAGCCAGGCAUCUCUGCCUCUGGAUAUCAUUUCAAUUCUGGACCUGCCCUCAUUAACUGUGCUGCCUCAAUCUCUAUAAUGUUGUCAUUUUAAAUAAUUCAAUAAAUUAUUGUAUUUUGCUCAAGAAAAAAAUAAUAAUAAUUAUGAGACUGUGUAUAUAUUGAA